UGUGAGCAAAAUAUGGAAUUCCCCUCAGCGUGACACACACACACACAGGAACUUCCCAUCAGUCAUAAGGAUGGGGGUGACGCAUGCUGGGUGAGGAAGCUGUUGUACACAGCCAGGCACAGUAUCAGUUAAUAUUGUAGUAGGAGUAGUUAUUCUUAUAGGAGCUGUUGCAAGUGCUGAAUACGGACGUGUUGUCGUCGUUUAACAGCAAGAACAGCUGCUGUCACAUCUGUGUAAUAUGCUGCCGCUUUAAUUAAAGGGCUGUAUGUUAGAGCAUUUUAGGCAGCUGCAGAAAUUGCGAUAGGCUAGAGCUGAGCACGCAGCAGUAGCAGCAGCAUACAUUGCAGCAUCUGUCAGGUUUAGGUAGGGCUGCAGAGGGAUAUUCAGGUGUUGUUAUAGACUACAAACAGCCACGGGGCGGGGAGCAGGGUGGGGCUGUGCCACUCAGAAUGAGGAAGAAGACUGCAAGUGGAAAACAUUUUUGCAUUGCAGAAAAUUGAAUGAGGUAAAAUUCAAAUAUUGCUACAUUAGUAUCCACAUGAUAUCUCCCUGAUGCUCCUGCCAGAGGGACAGCAGAGGUGACAGGGGAAGUGAAAGAGGUACAGCAGAAUAAGAUUUGGGGGUCACCUAUACUCAAGAACGUAUCCCCUUCUGAAAGGUCAACACUGACUUUUAAUAGAGGACUAGACUUAUGUCAUUUCAUUCCCAAAUCUUUCAUAGCAGGUAUAAGCUAAUCUACCUAAAAUGCUGAUGGCUGUAGGUGAGUAUGGGGCAUCACAUGAUAGCGAGUGCAUGGAUGAGUUCACCAUGCCUCAGGGAUCGGAAAAAGUACUUCGGGACCAGCAUCCACACGUCGAAAGGCUAUUUGGCGUUACUCUAAACAUUUUAGGAGUUCUUAAUCAGGAUCAGAUACCCUUGCAGUCCACUGGACAUCAGCAGAUAUGGCUUCAACUUGAAGGUGAAAGAAAGAGCAUAGUAAAAGCCAAGGAUUAUAUUAAAGGGCUGUGUACUCCGGAGGUAAUAGAAGACUUUAAUUACCCUCGUGACAUGCACUGUAUCUUUGUAGGAGCAAAAGGUCUGUUUCUUGACUGCUUAAUUCGAGCCACUUCAGCAUGUGUGACCCCUCAAACUCCUGGACGAAUCAGAAUCUCUGGCUUAGCAGAGGGGGUAGUAAUGGCCCAGAGCCGGAUUCAUGCUUUCUUAGAUAUGUGUAUAUGCAAGCCAGAAGAGCAAGAGGCUAUCAUCAAAAGGAGAUUUAAGGGUCUGGUAGAGGAAAAUACUGACCAUCAUGCACUGGACCUUCUUAUUCUCCCAACCUCUGUCAAGGAACAGUUACUAUUUCUAGUAGAGGAGGACAAAGAUAGGAAAGACACACAGCCCACCACGAUCCAUCAGAGGACUUCUAAACAACUGUCAGACAAUGCAAUGAGCAGCCAGGCGUUGCAGCCAGGAGUUGCACCUAUGGAAUUCCCAAAUAAUCUGAGACUUGAAAAACCUAUGCUAUCGCAUCCAAUAGAUAUAACUAAGUCAAGGCCAAGUAAAGGAGUUUUACGUGAGAGAGCUUCAGAACCACGUGAACUGGUUAGUGACAAUAAAUUGGAUAAUAAUAAUCAAUCAACACAUCUAAGUAGACAGAGUAAAAAGGAGAGACCCAUCAAAGAGGUAAAUGAGGAUCAUGCUGGUAUCUACCCUAAAGGAAAGCCGACUUUAAAUGAAAAACUGGUACCAAUAGGAAAUGAUGAUGACGAUGAUGAUGAUGAUUUCCAACAAAUCUCUGGACUGCUGGAUACUAUUAUGGGGAGAGAUGAUGGAGAUCCAGGUUCUCACGCCCAGUUUUCCUUGGGAACCCAAAAAGAAUUCAACAUGCUUUUGGAUUUUUUUAAAACCAUGGGUUAUCAGGAAUCUGUUGUGCUUAAGGUACUGUCGGAGAAUGGGAUCCAGGAGCCUUCUCAGAUACUUGACAAAGUUAAUAUGGAGCAAUCUAACCAUGAGCAGGGUACAAUUGGCCUUGUAAAUAGACCUUCGAAAUUAAAAGGAAUGUCGCCUACCCUUUCACAAAAUGAUGAUGAUGAUGAUGAUGAUGAUAAUAAUUACCUUUUAGAAGUUAUGAAAUCAGCUGCCAAGAACUGCGGCUAUUCACCAAGUGAAAUUGUGGACAUUGGAGAUGGUUCUGUGUCAGGAAUCCUGAGGAAACUUAAUGAAAAAAAUAAUUCUGAAGAUAGCUCAACGAUAACUGAAGUCCAAAGAAAAGGACAUCAAGAGACAGACUUGUGGCAGCAGGAAAGGCUUGAUUUCCAAACAUGGCCUGUACCAAACGCUUCUAAUCAUGAGGUGUUAAACCCCACUGUUGUCCGACCCAAAGCAGUGAGUAGUAACCAUCCUGUGGAAGAUGUAUUUCAUGGCGGCACCCAACAGGACAUUGGGAUCAUGGAGGCAGCAGCAGACAGAACUGUUAAAGGAGAACAGAAUGUCCCUGUUGUCACAGGAGCACAGAGAUUUAAUGAAGCCAUGCAAACACCUUUUCAGCUCAACCUAAAAAAUGAGAAAGGAAAUGACCAGCUGAGACAUGUCAUUAUAGACGGAAGUAAUGUGGCUAAGAUACACGGUUUCCACCGCUUCUUCUCCUGCCGCGGAAUAGCACUAGCUGUACAAUACUUCUGGGACAGAGGGCAUCGCAACAUCACUGUUUUUGUGCCCCAAUGGAGAAUGAAGAAGGACAGUAAAGCUAAAGAGCAGCACUUUCUGACUGAGCUGAACGAUCUUGGCCUUCUCUCUUUCACCCCAUCAAGAACUGUUGAAGGCAAAAGAAUUACGUCUUACGAUGACAGGUUUAUGCUACAGCUGGCAGAGAGGACAGACGGCGUAAUUGUCACCAAUGAUUACCUACGAGACAUUUUUGCUGAAUCCCAAGCUUGGCAGAAUAUAAUAAAGGACAGACUAUUGCAGUACACCUUUGUUGGAGACAUAUUCAUGGUUCCAGAUGACCCCCUGGGGAGGAAUGGACCACCUUUGGACCAGUUUCUGACCAAGAGCUCACUACCCAAGCCUAAGUCAAAAGGUCACUCAUUUGCUGCUCGAAGGAUGCAUCAUUCACCACCAAAGCCUUCAUCUCAGACAGAAGUCCUCAACCUUCGCGAUAGAAAGCCAGGUGGACAUAAGGGAAGAGAACACACAGAUGUCCGUUCUCACAUAGACACUGAAAGACUCAGACGGGAUCUUUUAAGCAUAUUCCCCUCUCAAGAAACAAAAGUGGAUUUUGUUCUUCAGAGAGAGCCAUUCCUCAGUGACAUCAACACGCUCUCAGAACUUAUUAUUAACCUUAAGUUUUAACAAUUUAAGAGUCAAAUCGGGAAUCCCAAUAAUAUUUUACUGGUUUUUGUUCUGACAGGCAGUGCUCAACAAGAUCUCCUUCUGAUUUUGGCAUAAAAAAAAAAAAAGAAAAAAAGAAUUGGCACUUAAAUCUCAUUGAUAAAUCACAAAGAUCUGAGCACUCGCUUCAACUGGCAGGCUAUAACAUUUGGCCCAUCCCCCCUAGGAUGCACUGUUACGCUCUCUUAUUAUGGAUUACAUUAAAUUGGUGACUAAACUAAAUUUCUAAUUGCUAUCCAAAAUGAUACUUGACUAUAAGAAGUUACUAUAAAUAAAAUGAAUGGUGACAUAAGAUAAUAAUAAUUUAGUUUUUAGAAAAACAUCUAUUUCCAAUGUCAAUAUCUACUUUAGGUGUGUAAAGCUUGCGAGCAGAGGGCCUGAUGCAAUUGUCAGAGUCACUAAGUCUAUGGGGGUCAUUCCGAGUUGAUCGCUCGCUAGCAGUUUUUAGCAGCUGUGCAAAUGCUAUGCCUCCUCCCACUGGGAGUGUAUUUUAGCUUUGCAGAAGUGCGAACGAAAGGAUCGCAGAGCGGCUACAAAAUCAUUUUGUGCAGUUUCAGAGUAGCUCCAGGCCUACUCAGCGCUUGCGAUCACUUCAGACUAUUGAGUUCCUGUUUUGACGUCACAAACACGCCCUACGUUCGCCCAGCCACGCCUGCGUUUUUUCGAACACUCCCUGAAAACGGUCAGUUGACACCCAGAAACGCUCUCUUCCUGUCAAUCACUCUGCGGCUGCCUGUGCGACUGAAAAGCUUCGCUAGUCCUUGUGUGAAACUACAUCGUUCGUUCUAAUAGUACGUCGCGCGCGUGCAUUGCGUCGCAUGCGAGAGGUGCCGAUUUUUUGCCUGAUCGCUGUGCAGCGACCGAAAUCUGCUACCGAACAACUCGGAAUGACACCCUAUGUACGCAACUGUGCAAAAAGAUGCAAAAAACGCAGGAGGCGUCUUGUGUAAAUAAGACACCCAGUGCAGGCUUUUGGGUCCAAAGAUGUGAACUUCGCUGGCCCUUCGGACAUCUGGGUAACCCUCAAGUUACUCUGCUGCCACUGCCAGUGAAACUGUGUCUGAGGAUGCAGCAAAUGGCUUCAGAACGCCCAGAAUACAAGUCCAACACGCCCACGUUUUCUGGAAUGCUUCCUGUCACUGCCCCCAAACCCAAGCAGCAGUUCAGUCAUGAUGCGGAUUUCGGGGCUCUGCGAGUGACAUCACAGAGCUCUGCAUAUAUGCAUAUGUGCAGGGCGGCUCUUGAGCAUGCGCAGAUCAAAUAUCAGAAGAUUGCGUGACCUCUGAAUCAGCCCCAGACCCCUCUCUUUUACCUCUGUAUGGUAAUACGCAGUUUUGUUUUAUUACUGUUUGUGUUCAAAUGUAAAGCACUGUAGAGUAUGCUGGUUUUAUAUAAAUGUUAAUAAUGUUAAUAAAUAUUAUAUAUUAAAAAAUACAUACAGUUGUGGGCACAAGUUGCAGCCACAAGCCUUAUGUAUUGAUACUUGACUUCUUAAACAGAUAACUGUACAGCUAAUAGAACCUACACUGUAAUUUGUGCACAUUUAAACAAAUGUAUUUUUUCUACAGAUUUUAAAAUAAACAAUAUAUUUUUAAUUGUG